CACGACUCUCCUCGUUCCUCCUCCCUUCCCCGUCUCCAUCCACUCUCUCCUCAACCACCGUCCAUUGACUCGGUCCAGCACCUCCGCUCCGAAAUGUCCUCCCUGUCCAUCUUCCGCAUCGCGACGCGCGCCGUCCGCCCUGCCAGCUUCGUCCGAGCUCCGAUCGUCCGUUCUCGGGUGCAGACCCCAGUCACUCUGGCUGCUGCCCGCACCGCCAACUUCGGUACCACCCGUAUGCUCCGCUCUGGCCACGAGGAUGAGACCUACGAGGAGUUCUCUGCCCGUUUCGAGAAGGAAUUCGACGGUGUCCAGGAUGUUUUCGAGCUCCAGCGCAACCUGAACAACUGCUUCGCCUACGAUCUCGUCCCCUCCGUUGAGGUCCUCAGCGCUGCCCUGAAGGCUGCCCGCCGUGUCAACGACUUCCCCACUGCCGUCCGAGUCUUCGAGGGCAUCAAGGCCAAGGUCGAGAGCCCCGACCAGUACAAGCAAUACCUCGAGCAGCUCGAGGGUCUGCGCCAGGAGCUGGGCGUUGCUCUCCGGGAAGAGCUGUACCCCCAGGAGGAGUAAAUUAGCGUCGCUCAUGUUGUUCUACCCCCCCCCCUCAUUUCCACCUCACGUCAAUUUUCUCUCUCUCCUUCAGUUGUUUACCCACCACCCAAUUCUCAUGUCAGAGACCGAUCGGUCCAUCGCACAGUUUCCUGCUUUGGCCAGGGUGCUCGGAUCGGGUAGAAGAGAAAGCUGUAUACAUAUUUUAGAGAUCUCCUGUGUUGUUAGUGUUGCUGUUGUUUGGAAAAGUAUGGCGUAUUUCCACAUAACGACUCAUCUUGGACAUGCAGUCUCUUCACCCAGUCUUCUUUUUAAGGGUUGCGGUGAAUAGAUAAAGAAAGUAUGUCUUUUCAAUAUCCGUUCUGUAUUUUCUAUGUUUGAGCGAAUAGCUGUCUUCAUAAGAUAUCAUAUAAGAGAAACCCGCAGGUUCUAGCGAGAACAAGACAGAGAAAAGAUCGAAAGGUUGAAAUAAGACGUUUAAAACAAACCAACAAUUUUGGCCAUGUGCAAUGAAAUAUAAGUACAGAGAAGACCAGAUCCGCCAAAGCUCAUUCCACCGGAGACAAACCUCCGCGGCCAAGAACGUAUUUUGUCAAAAUCGGAGUGAGAAGGAAGAAAAAACAAAAGGAGACCAGAGGAAUAUCAUCAAUAGAAAAGGUGAUGCAAAAUAUGGGUCGAGGUUUUUCAUGAAAUGGCAGCUCCCUUGGGGAAAUAGAUACGCUGCCACGGGUCUAUCCAUUUAGUGCGUGCCGACGUACUUGAAGUACGUCGGGCGACAGUCCUCCUUGGCGAGGAAGUCUGCGCCAGAGUAGAAUUGACCGGGCGUGCAGCCGGAACACUUGGGCGAGUUGGGGCAGUUAUAGUAAGGGAUGUGGUUGUAUCCGAUGUCGCGGAACCUAGAUGAGAAAUGUUAGUAGGGAAAGCUAAUAGGCUCGGGAGAAAGGAGAAAGAACUUACCAGUGCACGUUCGAGGCGUCGGCAAACAGACCGACACCCAACGAGUGAACCGGCGCAUCGCCCCAGCGCUCGUAGAAGAAACCACCGGCACGAUCCAGGUGCUGGAAGUAGGACUCGUACUUGUCACCACGGAAGAAGUCCAGGUCACCAAUCUCAAAGUUGGACCAGAAGUGGCAGGUGGAGUAGCCAUUUGCACCCUGGGUAUGCUCGGGACGGGCCUGGUCGUCCGUAAUCCACUCCCACAUGUUGUUCUCACUCAGAUACGAAGGGUUCGCUGCCAGGAACUUGCGAGUCUCGGGCCAGAGGGUCUUGAUGGUCUGCGGGGCAUCGUACAGAUUGAUGGUAAAACCGUAGGUCUUGUUGUUGUCCUCCAUGUAGCGGAAGACGUCAUAGUCGACGUUGCAGAAGAAUUGGACCUUGGGCUCGAUGCGCCAGUAGUAGCGGUACUUCUCGAGGGCCGGGUGCUUGUAGAACAUGCCGCUGUUCCAGCGGCACAUCUGGUGGUAAGAAAGCUUGGAGGCGUACUGGAUGUUCUCCUCCUCUAGGAUCUUGGCGGAUUCGCGGAAGAGAUCCUCGCUGAUCCAGCUGGGCAUAUCCCAGUGUUCCUUGGGAACCAACUC